ACAAUGCAGACGGAAAUCAACCUCCCAUAUAUCACCGCCGAUGCAUCUGGUCCCAAGGACAUCAACAUAUAUAGGCUUGGACGUGUGCAGCUGGAGAAUCUCAUGGAACCUCUUAUCAAGUGUACCGUUGACCCACAACAACGCAGAUGGAAA